AUGGUUAAAAAGUACGAGGAAUGGAAAGAUCACUGGACCGCAGAGAAUUCGCUUCCUGCUCAAGAGAUUGAUAAAGAUCGAUUCAACCUGCCGGCUCUUCGUAAUGAAAUAGAGAAAAAUCGUCAAAAGGCUGAGAAGCUUCCAGGGAUGUCUAAAAACCUGAUAUUGGAGACAAAAACUUGGGAAGAAGAUAAGGGGAUUGAAUUUCUCUACGAUGGUGUCCGUAUACUGUCUGAGAUUGAGGAGUAUAUGUCAACAGCUGCCACGAGAGAGGAAAUAUGGCGUCAGGAACGGGUCACAAAUAAGCUGGGGGGAGUACUUAAUGGCGUUGACGGUGGAUACAGUGGAUUUGGUAAGCGCCCUUAUAGUGAUCGGUUUGUUUUUGGUUUGUCUCAUUGGCACAUAUUACCGGACCUUAUAGAGGAACGUCGUGAGCUAAUUCUCGAAGACGUACAGAACAGACGCCGCAAGAAAUCGCCGAACCACAAAAACAACUGUUCAUGCGACGGUGGUGGAGUGGAUCGGUGUCCGGUCUAUCAUGAGAAUUUCAAGGCACUUGAGAAAGCACUUGAUAAGUCCAAGUCUUUAUGGGACAUGAAGGACUGUCCGAUCCCCGAGGGUUAUGAUGCUCGUCUCUUCCGUCCGAGUUUAGAAGCGGCAUUCAAGAGUGUUGGCUACUCUGGUCCUGUCUCCAUCACUGCCUAUGGCGACCAAACACAAACCCCUGAUCACAUCCUGCGAGUGCUCUCUUCCACUGGAGUCGCUGUUGCACAUACCAGACCCGAAAGCACAAACUCAGUCAUGUAUUCGGAUAUGGUGGAAUGGCGAGGUCAAAAUCCUGCUCCGGCUUCAAUGAUGAUCAUAUCCAAUCAGGUGCACACUGUCUUCGCUUGGGAUCUGGCCCGGCUACAACAACGGACGCUAUACAACCUUUUUCUGGUUUAUUCAAUCGAGUAUCGGUUUAUGACAAUCCUGAAAACUUGUAGAGAGUGGUUUUGGGAAAGAUUACUAGGCUACGCGGAUGAUGAGACCAGAAGCGCACCACUUGUUCAGGAGAAGUGCAGUGACACGGGCGAGUUAUCAUCUGCCAGGAUUUACUGCAAAUCUUGCAACUUCGAUUCCCAGAACCCUGAAAAUUUCAGGAAGCAUCUCUCGAGUUAUAAGCAUAAACGAGAAGAGGCUAUAGACCCUACGGAGACAGUAGUUGACUGUGUAACAGAGGAGUGGGCAAGGGACUACCCGGCGACGCCUGAAUACGCGACAGCUCAAAUAGCGGUGUGGUGGGACUUGUUUCAAUGUCCGACCCCCAAGGGAUAUGAUGCUCGUCGGGUCCGGCCGAGUUUAGAAGCGGCAUUCAAGAAUCUUGGCUACUCUGGUCCUGUCUCCAUCACUGCCUUUGGCGACCUAAACCGUAUCCCUGAUCACCUCCUGCGAGGGCUCUCUUCCACUGGAGUCAAUGUUGUGCAUACCUGUUACGGUUAG